GGGGAAAGGACACCAAACAUGAAGAAGACAGUGGUGUUCACCAGGGGAUGCUCUCAGGAGGAAUUGAAGGCUGACUGUGAGAAUUGGGGCUGUCCACUGGGAGGGAAGGCCUGACUUCCAUUUUUCGUGCUGGGGAUGGAGCUUGGAGCUGCAGCCUCAAUCUGUGCCCUGAGAAAAUGCUCUUGGAAUCAAACCUGUUCUUGUGCCCAAAGCUUGAUACAGACCCCACAGGAGAUCUGCGCCUUGGUCCUGUUUCAUUCACCCUGUGCUGCUCUGACACCAAGAAUACUGCCCCGGCACCUUCCUCUUUCUGGCCGCAAUGCCCGUGUUGCAGGUACCAGGGAGACAGCGCAAUUGGGUUGAAGGCUGGCAGUGAGAAAGACUGACAGGAGGCGGGGACUCUGGGGGUGCCGAGGACUAUAAAGGGGAACAGCCAUGUGCAGGGAGACCAGUGCAGAAGGAGCCUUGGUCAUUCCUGCAUCCUCAGAAGCAUCAAUGUCAUAAGUCCUGUGUAUCCAGUUCUCAUACCCACUUUCUCUGCUAUGCCUUCUAUGUUUCCUCGGCCCAGGGCUAACCUUUGGCUGCUGACCUGAUCAUUGAGGAUGGCCACCGCAUACUGCUGCCUCUCCCUGUUUCUCCUAUCCACUUGGGUGGUUCUGCUGCUGCAGCCCCUGCAGGGUGCCUGGGGAGCCCCAUUGGAGCCAGUGUACCCAGGGGACUAUGCUACACCAGAGCAGAUGGCCCAAUAUGCAACUCAGCUCCGCAGAUACAUCAAUACGCAAACCAGGCCUAGGUAUGGGAAGAGGGAAGAGGUGAACACAGCUGGACUUCCUGGGAUGCAGCUUCCCCUGUGCUCCAGCCCCCUGGUUGGUUUGACUCCCUGUUCAGCUCCCUGGAGCUAAAGGCAGGGAGCUGAGCCCAACAGACCUGUAGGGCCCCCGCUUGUUUCCUGUCUGUGAGUGUAGGACAGUACCGGUUCAGCUCGUCCCUCUGCACUCCCACAACAACUUGCUACCUUU